AUGGGCAGGAAGGAUGUCCACGCGUAUAUCUGCAAAUUUCGCCUGCUACAAUACGGGCUUGUCCAAGAGGCGGCUUCCAUAGACACCAUUGCCGAGGAUAUUUUGGGCCUCGAUGAUGACACCCAGGGCGUUACUGGAGAGGCUGACGAAGAAGGAAAUCUGUCCACAGGAUUGUCAAUUCGCAAAAGGGAACAGUUCGUCAAAGACUCUCUUCGCCGCGUCAGUCCUGCCUAUCGAAAAGACCGGUAUGUGAAGAUUUUCGAGAAAGCUCUGUCAUCUAAAGAUCUGGCGGCUAUGGAGAGGAAGAACUUGAAGGCAGUUGACGCGAUGGCGACUCUUCGGAAACACCGACUAAACGAGGAGUAUUCAAUGCAUGAAGAUCCACCCUCCAGCGCAAUAAAUGAUUCUAGUGGAUCAACUGAUCCUAAAAACGUCGCCGAAGAGGUGCAAGCCCGUUCGCUGGACACCGCUCAAGGCCAACGUUACCUAGAUGCGAUGGAAGUACGUGCGAGGCUUACACUUCUAUUUGAACGAGAACAGGAGAUUUUAGGGCUCCUAUACAAUGGUCGUGCUAGCCCCAAGCCUCCUGUCAAGGUCUCCGCCGAGAUGUUCUUCCUCCAAGCUAUCCUUGUGCCCCCAAAUAGAUAUAGGCCUGAGGCGCGUAUGGGCCCCGAUCGCAUUAGUGAGGCUCAGCAAAAUUCCCUGUACAAAAACAUCUUGCGCAGCUCGGAACGGGUCGUACAGGCCCACCACGAAUUACGGGAAGAAAACGGCUCUCGGUCGAAGGGGACUAGAAGCAAAAAUUCCCUUACACUCCUGCACCAGGCUUGGACAGACUUACAGGACUCAGUGAAUUGCUUAAUCGAUAAAACGAAAAGCCCUGUUCAGGGUCUAGCGGCACAAAGGGUUGAGGACGGGAUCAAGCAGAAACUGGAGAAAAAGGAGGGCUUGUUUCGGAAGAACAUGAUGGGCAAGAGGGUCAACUAUGCAGCGAGGAGCGUCAUCUCCCCGGAUCCAAUGAUCGAUACGAAUGAGAUUGGGGUUCCACCGGUGUUUGCAACAAGGCUCACAUAUCCCGAGCCAGUGACUAGCCACAAUGUAAGGGAGCUGGCUCAGGCUGUGAUCAACGGCGCUGAACAAUGGCCAGGCGCCUCUGCACUGGAGAAUGAGGCUGGCCAGAUCAUGAAUCUUCGCUGGAAGACGGCUGAGGAACGAGAGUCCCUUGCACACCAACUGUUAACCCCCAGCACUAUCGAGCACGGUGGCAUCCGGAAUAAGAAGGUACAUCGCCAUCUUGCCAAUGGAGAUGUCGUUUUAAUGAACCGGCAACCUACACUACAUAAGCCCUCAAUAAUGGGCCAUCGCGUACGAGUUCUACCAGGCGAGAAGACGAUACGAAUGCAUUAUGCCAACUGCAACACGUACAAUGCAGACUUCGACGGAGAUGAAAUGAAUAUGCAUUUCCCACAGAAUGAGAUAGCUCGCGCGGAAGCUCUGCAACUAGCCGAUACUGAUCACCAAGAGUGGCCAUAUCUUGUGCGAGAGGAUCAAGCUUAUUCCCCUGCAAUCCUGAAGCCGGCGCCGCUCUGGACUGGAAAGCAGGUUGUCACCACUAUACUGCUCAAUAUAACACCACAAAACUGCGGGGGACUCUGGAUGAAGGGUGGCUCUAAAAUCCGAGGCUCUGCAUGGGGUGUAGCUGGGGCGGAAGAGGAGUCGGUUUAUUUCAGCAAUGGAGAGUCAUCCCGCCUCGAGAAGCUGGAAGAAUCCGAAGCCAUCGGGCUUCGAGUAGCAGCGGGCUAUGUCGGCAUAGAUGACGAAUUCCCUCCUCCUACGGAUCCGGUGCUCCUAAGCCGUCUCGAAGAGGUUAUGAGAGACGAUGCGAAGCAGGAAAACCUUGAUAUGCUGGUCAAUGGAAGCGCCGGUGAUCUCUCCUCGAAGGUCACCCAAGCUUGUCUCCCUGUCGGUCUCGAGAAACCUUUCCCCAGAAAUCACAUGCAGUCCAUGACCGUGUCGGGUGCCAAGGGUAGUCAAGAAUACUUUUUCCACUUGAUGGCCGGAAGAGAAGGUCUCAUUGACACCGCUGUCAAAACUUCGCGCUCUGGAUACUUGCAACGAUGCAUCAUUAAAGGGAUGGAAGGCCUUGUUGUUGCAUACGAUACUACGGUCCGCGACUCGGACGGAGCCCUUAUCCAAUUCCUCUACGGCGAAGAUGGCAUCGAUAUUACAAAGCAAGAAUAUCUCGAGAACUUUGAGUUCAUCCUUCGCAAUAUUGAAUCUCAGGCGUCUCAGCUGCAGUUCGGAGCUGACAAAAACAAACACUUAACCUGCAAUAAAACCCAGAUCCUGAAGCAGAUGAAGAGUGCCCUCAAGCAUACGAAACGUGUAGAUGCGGCGAGAGUUGUAGAGACUGUGGGCAACAGUGAUAACUUUGGCCUAGCUAAGCUUUACAAAGUUUGCCUCACCUUCUUCCCUAUCAAAGAAAUUCAGCACAUGUACGGCAUUGACACGCUCAAGGCCCCAAUUUGGCGAGAGCAGUCAACAAAGCUCCCCAACGUGGAUGAUCAAGGUGCUGGGGUCUUGAGUCGCAUCCGAUCCAAACACACCAACGUCUCCUAUUUUGGAUAUCGCCUUUCCAACGGCCCUCAUUCAACUCUCAAUGUGGAGUUCACGUUGGAAUAUGAUAUUGAGACGCCUAAGCUCUUAAUGGUAAAUCUUGUGCGUGAAGCCGUCAAGAGGUCAGUGGUACACCAGGUACAGGGUCUCGAAGAAUGCACAUUUGUGGCCAAAGAGAAGAUUAACGGAAACGAAACGCCUGUUAUCCACACUUCUGGCGUCAAUGUCCGGGCCAUGUGGCAAUUUCCAGACUUUUUGGAUGUUAAUCGCAUCAUCACAAACGAUAUUGCCACCACUCUCGAGGAGUAUGGCGUAGAGGCAUGUCGUAGCAAUAUCAUGGGAGAAUUACGAGGGGUCUUCCAGUCUCAUAACAUCACUGUCGACAACCGCCAUCUAAACCUCAUUGCCGAUCAUAUGACCAGAAACGGCGGGUUUACUCCAUUCAACCGUCUGGGCCUCGCCGGAAAUGUCAGUCCAUUUACCAAGAUGAGCUUUGAAACAACAGUUGCCUUCUUGAGAGAUGCGCUGAUAGAGGGUGACUGGGAUGACCUAACAACACCUAGCGCGCGGAUUGUCGUGGGCCAGCUGGGCCGUGUUGGCACCGGCUCGUUCGACGUGCUUGGAGUCGCACCUACAAGUUUUGAGAUGAUAGCUACCAAUUAA